GCGCACAGUCUUACGGACACUCGCCGUGGAGUGCGCGCUUCUCUACUACACACGGUUUGGCGAGAAACGGAGGGGGAAGAUGUCACAAGGAUAAAUACCAUACAGUUUGCUCCGUCCAGAGAUGCUCCCCAAGUGAGUGGCGAUGGAUGAAGCCGGGGAGAGCGCGGACAUCUGCGCACCAGAAGUUGGCCACCUGGGCACCUGGCGAUGGAGCAAAAACACCAGGGAGCAAGUCCAGCUGAAGCAGAGGCUCAAGGAUUUACCUGCUCUGCUCAAACACGGGCUGAAUUUAAGGAAAAGAAGCGUCGAGGCGCCUGGCACAGUUUCUGAUACCAUUGCAGGUCCAAGCAAUAACAUUUCCAAACAAAAGGCUUGUGCAGAAAGUUUCCCCUGUGCUGGAAGAGCGCUGAGAAAUUCCUUUUUAGCAAAUGGUUCUUACCCCUCAAAAGACAGGAUUCAGCUGGCACGGAUAAUGAGGAGAAGCUUUGCUGGCCUAGAGCUUGUGGACUGGCUGAUGGAGAAAUGUCUGUUUGUCCAGAAUAGAUCUGUUGCCUCAAAAGUCUGGCAGAUUUUGUUGGAGUUGGGUGUUCUCCUUUCAGCGGACCAGACCUUUGUGUUUGAGGAUACCAAUGCCUUCUACCAGUUCUCCUAUGAUGAAUGUGAGAUGCAGGACUGUGAAUUUAGAAAUGAAAAGGAAUGGCAGAAUGGAGUUCGACUUCUUAUGCAGAUGGUUCCUUAUGUUCAGUUUCGGAUGGGUGUAAUCAAUCAACCAGAAGAAGAAACUGGGAGCAAAAAAGAGCUCUGUAGUGAAAUUCUGCAAAUGAAAGCACUUGAGCGCUUAACAUCCACGGUUCAAAAUGAACUGGUGGCAGCGCUGGCACUAAAAGCAAGAAAAUCAUUGAUUGUUGAAGAGGAAAAGGACUGUUCAGAUGAAGGCCUGUCUGAUGAAAAUACAGACACUGGAAGUACUAUGGAGGCUGGAGUCGUUUGCAGCCUUCAUGAGAGAGAAGAUAUAAGCCGAAUAGAAAUAGUACAAAAAUUAGCAAAAGGCAGUUGCCGUCUCCUGCAGUCUCACAGCAGCAAAAUACCUGAGAAAGCCUCUGAGAAAGAUGAAUCAAGCAGAGUGUGUCUGAAGGAAAGAGGCCAAGAUGUCUUAGUGAUUCAGAAGGUGUCUUCAGAGCGAACAGCCCCUCCUGUAUUAGCAGGAGGUGGGAGGGAGGAGAAAGAGGAGCAGGAGGAGGAGAAGAGGUAUGUUGUGGUGUCUGGGACCCCUGAGAAGAUUCUGGAGCACCUUCUGAGCGAUCUGCAUCUGGGGGAAAACCAAGGACUGCAAGGCAAGGAGACAGAAACUUUGCUGGAUGACUUCCUUCUGACUUACAUGGUUUUCAUGUCAACAAGUGACCUGUGUGAGGCUCUUUUGAGACAUUAUUGCACUAAAAGAUAUCGAGGAAAGGAAGAAGACUCUGACAUCCUGUAUAGAAAACGUAAAGUUUUGUAUUUGGUUUCCCAGUGGACAACUCUCUACAGAGACCUACUAAGAGAAGAUGAGCACACUAAACUGUUUAUGAAGACACUUUAUAGAUAUGUACUAGAUGAUCUAUUUGAGUACCCAACCUUGGAAAAAGACUUGAAAGAGUUUCAAAAGCUCUUAAGAAAUCGCAGGCACACGGUUGAUGAGUAUUCUCCUCACAGAAAGAAUAAAGCUAUCUUCCAGCAACUGAGUUUGAAGGAUAACUGGCUACAACACAGAGGCACUCAGAAUGAAGCCAAAGAUGUUCUUAGCCAUGUUUACAUCACAAACCACUUGUACUUGAGCAUCAAAGUGAACUCUUCAGCUACAUCCCAGGAGGUCCUCCGAGCUGUGGCAGAAAAGAUUGAAUAUCCAGACGAGGAGCUAACUCUCGUGUCUGAGACAUUUCCUGGUGAAAAGCACAUUCUCCAGCCACAUGAACUUGUUUAUUCAGAGUCAAUGAUAGAAUCAGGGCGCUUGUUUGUGUGCAGAAAAAAUCCUGGUGAAGUGAUGAACCCAUUAUUGAGCAAUGAGGAGACUCAGCAGUGGGCUAGCAGAAUCCUGGGGAUGAAUACAUGGGAUGUGGCCCUUGCACUGACAAACUUUGACUGGAAUCUGUUCAACUGCAUUCAUGAGCAAGAAUUGAUUUAUUACACAUUCAGCAGACAGGGCAGUGGACUAAACACUUUCAACCUUGACCUUCUGCUGCAAAGAGGAAAUGAGGUGCAGCUCUGGGUGAUGACAGAAAUACUCCUUUGUACUCAGCUUUGCAAGAGGGUCCAGCUGGUGAAAAAGUUCAUAAAGAUCGCUGCUCAUUGCAAAGCACAGCGGAACCUCAGUUCUUUCUUUGCCAUCAUAAUGGGGCUCAACACCUCAGCAGUCAGUCGCCUGAACCAGACAUGGGAGAAAGUACCUGGGAAAUUCAGGAAAUUAUUCUCCGAGCUUGAAACAUUAACAGACCCAUCAUUAAACCAUAAAGCUUACAGAGACGCUUUUAAAAAGAUGAAACCUCCAAAAAUUCCAUUCAUGCCUCUUCUACUUAAAGAUAUAACUUUUAUUCAUGAAGGAAAUAAAACAUUUCUGGACAAUUUGGUCAAUUUUGAAAAACUGCACAUGAUUGCAGACACUGUACGUCUUAUAAGACUCUGCCGGACAGAUCAAUUAGGAAAUGACUCAACACAAAAGGACCAGUCAGAAGUAAAAAACUACGUUCACCACUUGCACAUCAUUGACAAUCAGCAGAUGCUGUUUGAACUUUCUCACAGACUGGAACCUCGGACUUCGGCAUGACGUGUUAUGUAAAUGUGUAGCACUUUCAAAAAGCAUGGAAGCCAAGCUAGUGUAUUUGAAUGGGAGCAGACUAUUUAUAGGUACACAGCUCUUCAGACAUUUGUGCAAUUACAGAAGAAAAUGCUGGUGUCAGCAGCACAGUUACUUGUGUUGGUGUGUGAGUGAGUAUGUGUCAGUCCCUUGAGUUUACACUGUACCUUUGAUCAAGUAACCAAACCAUUUUAAUUUACAGUGUGUCUUGUUUCAAAAAUGAGGCAGUAUAAGACAAUUUUCAGUAAUGUUAAGCAAUAAUUUUGCUCUAGUAAUUCUAUGUUUUUUUGUAAUCUGGCUUAAAUAAGACAAAGUACACAAGGUAAACCCAUGAAGUCUAUUUUUCUUUCUCUUUAGCUAAUAGGUAAUUUGUCCCAGUGACCCUUCGUGCGUAGGAGCUUUGUAAAUGAUGGCUCCAAUAUCAUAGCUGGGUUGUUUAUUCCACACUUCAAAAGUCCCCUUAAGAAAAUGCCAACCGUUGUUUCCAUGCUGUAUUUUUCUCAUUCUUAAAUCAUGAUUGAAUUGAACACAGGUGAUCUCAGAGCAUGAGCCCUGGAAAGAAUUAAUGAUUAGCAGAGGGUGAUGUGCUUUUUAGGUAAAAUUUAUGGCCUGGUGCUAAAAUCACUUUUGCAUUACUCUCAGUUUUUCAUUGAAUGGCUGUGCAAUAGUAAACCUUCUUGAAAACAGCACAUGUAGUACACACAUACAUAUAACCUGUACAGACAGUGAGGUCUUGAAUAAUGCACAAUUAUACUGUCAUUAGGAAAAAGCAGGGUACUCACUACAAUCCUAGUUUAUACAGUAUUUGGCUAUUUAAUGACAGCAUAUAAGCCAUAGUGUGCCACCUCCCUGCCUUUGUAGUUAGGGACACGGGGCUCUUUAUAAAGUAUUUAUUAAAAGAGAUUAAUGUAUCAGUUGCAGUUUCAAGAGGCAUUUAGCGAACAGUCUAUCAAUAAGCAGAGCAAUAUUGCUUGUGUUUACUUAAAUACAAAAAACAAUCCACAAAGUGCUGCUUAUUGCCAAAGCUCUUAGGAUAAUGAAGUUUUUCUCAGCUUCUUUGCCAUGAGGGACCAGUUUUUGCACUACAUUUUCUCUCUUUCACGUUACAGACUGGCUCUUUGUCAGAGUUAAGGGAGGUUAAAUUGAAGAAUAUGUAUUUUGCAAGAUCCUUCUAUUAUGAAAAUUACAUUUAUAUAAAAUCAGAUGUGCAGAGGUUUCCAUUUGAGAAAAAAACACACACACACUAUCCCAGUAUUUUACAAAACAAAAUAUUGGAAUAUACAGCAUGGAUACAUACAUGCUAGCUGAAAAAUGUGGGCAAGACGAGAAAGCCACAGUUUAUAUUUGUACACGCACAUUAAUUGGGUGUGGUAAUGGAUGUAAUUAUGUUUCUAUAAUAAUGUUAAUAUUAUGCCCUAUAACAAAUUAAACGUAGAUAUGCUAUGAGCUUUACAGAGAUUAAUCACACCAUAUGGGUAUCUUAGAACAGUAUUCAAAAUACAUAAAAUACCAGAAACAUUAUCAAUUAAACCAUCACACCUAACAAAUCCACCUUUUUGCCUAAUACAUACUAUUAUAUUGUACAUUAUAUUAAAUAACAAGAAAUGUGUCACUUGUAUGUGCCAAAAUAGCUUUUCUAAACCAUCUGCCGCCUAUGCCACUGUGUGUCUGCCGUAUUUGUUUGAAUCAGACACACGUGAAUGAAGAUACAACAGCCAAAAGACAUUUUCGACAUUCUUAUUUUUCCUCAUUAAGAACAGACUUUCACUUUUUCUCAGAUGCAGUACUACAUAAAUAAUUAAAAAGAAAUCUAAACAAUCCAGUUUAAUAUAAUUGUAAUCAUUUCAUGUAAAGUGUAAUAUUGUAAAAAUCUAUGUAACAUUUUCAUUAUGAGUUGAAUUUUGGAUCAUUAGGUGAAUACCACUUUGCUGUGUGAGCCGUAUCAUGCAAUAGAAAUGAACACACAUCCGGCUUUCAUACUCCACUGACAAAUAUGGCGAUGUUUGUGAGCAAAAUCUUGGCAUUGUAGUAUUAUUUGUGAAAUUUAAAAAGCACUUUAUACUUUCUAGAUCCAUGUUCAGUACCUCCGCCGAACACAAGACAAUGCACAUGUCCAGUAUGGUUUACAUUCAAGCUUCACUCCCUCCCAAUAAUAGAAUUAGGCCUCUUUCUGCAUUGCUGUCUUUUUGUUAAAAAGCACUAGCAGGUUUCACUUUCUUUCAGUAGACUUCUGUUUUCUUGCAUAUGGGGCAGUGUGCUUGGAGAGACUAGUCUAAAUAAAGUAAUGUGAUAUGUGUCGGCUACCAGCAAAAACCGCAUAGGCAUAUCGUCUGUACAGUACUUACUAGGAACUAUAUUGUCAGUUACUUCAGCAUUUUUAGUUUUUGCCAAAUAAUUAAAAAUGCAGUUGACACGCAUAUUAAAUAUGGCAUAGUUUACUUAUAUUAUGUUGUAAAUAUUGAGUUUGGGCAUUAAUACUAUUUAUUGAAAAUAUUAUUUAUUGGAUAGUUUGAAACAUAUGAAGUCAGGGUUUUAGGUUUUGUCUCAAUGACUUGAAAAAUGUCCUCCCUGAAAUGUAUUUGUAACAGAAGUGUUUUGUUUUCUCCUGUGAAUUUGUGCGGCCUGCACAGCUGAGCAUGCAGACGCACAAGUGGUGAGCUAAGUGUUUUGUGCUGGUCCAGAUGAAAUGGCUAGUCCAUGGAUUGACCGCUGCGAUUCUCUAUUUAAUGAAUAUGCUUUAAACACUGCUCCUUUUUUGUAUUAAUCUUGUAAAUGUAUAUAACCCAAUGUUAUGAGUAUCAAUAUAAUACUUUAUAUUUAAAUAUACAGAGAACACAAGCAAUACAUUAAAGUUUGUUAACUGUUAAACAGUUUUCUACUUAAAUUAAUUUUUAAUAAACAUGCAAAAUCUUG